AUGGAGACCGAUCUGAGCAUUACUAAUGGGUCUGUACAAGGGCACGCCGAUGGUCCGCCUACUAAAAAAGCGAAGCUCGAUGAAUUGCCUAAACCUGAUGCGAAUCCAGCAACCAGCGAUGCACCUGAGCGAAAGCGGGGUAUAGCUCCUAUCAAAGCAGAGUACGUAAUCUCCUUUGACACCCGAUCUGCAAACUCCGUUCGGGAUGAUGACACGGCCGAGGGCCAGGAAAAAUCAAAACGACGUGGUCAAAACAAAUCGCGAACAUUCGGCAAAUCAACCGAUGAGAGAGGCUUGUGCGCGUCGAGGAGCAACCAUCCGGAAUUCUCCCCAGCUGAGUGCGUGUUCGGUGACAAAUGCCGAUUUGAACACGAUCUGCGGAAGUACUUGAAGGAACAUAAACGAGAAGAUCUGCAUACCUUUGGUGACGUUUGUCCUAUAUGGCAGGCUCGUGGGCAAUGCCCAUCUGGGUGGAAGUGUCGCUUUGUUUCGUCCCAUAUGACCGAAAGAGACGUACCGGAUGGUAGGCGCGAGCUGGUGCUGGUCGAAGAUGAACAGCGCAAACAGCAAAGAUCCCGGCCAUCUGUUGCGGUUGCAAAUGACGAUGGAAUUGUCAACAUCGUGUCUGGAGACGCUAAGGAUUCGUUGAGAAGGAGAAAAUGUUUAACACCCAAAUCAGACGCAUUUAUAGCCUGGUUGGAUCAAACUGGAAAGGAAUUGAAUAAAUACGUUCAUGGUGGACACAACCGCGAAGAUAAGGACACUGCUACUAGCGAGGAAGGACAAGAUAAAAACGAAGCCGAAGAAGUAAAAGAGGAAAACCGGGCUCGCUACACCGAACCUCCUUUUCUCCCCUCAGAAAAGAGAAGACUAUACUUUGGGCCAGAGACUCCCGCCCUCGCUCCAUUGACUACCCAAGGGAACCUGCCUUUCCGCAGACUUUGUACGGACCUAGGUGCACAGUUUACGUACUCGGAAAUGGCUAUGGGCCUACCACUGAUGCAAGGACAAAAGAGCGAAUGGGCGCUUAUGAAAGCCCAUGAAACGGAAAUGCUACCACCAACAAUCUCUUCCAAAGCAAAUGUGGUCCAGAACUACGACCAUUCCCGAGACUUCAAAUUCGGGGCACAAAUUGCGGCGAAUAAACCACAUAUAGCCGUGAAAACCACAGAAAUUUUGACCGCACUCACUCCAAGUCUUCGGGUUAUCGAUCUCAACUGUGGCUGUCCAAUUGACCUGGUAUACCGCGAAGGAGCCGGAUCUGCUCUUCUUGACUCGCCCGGUAAGCUAGAGAAGAUCCUACGUGGUAUGAACGCUGUAUCUGGAGAGAUUCCUAUCACAGUUAAAAUUCGCAUGGGCACUAGAGACCAUCAACCGACUGCACUCAAACUCGCAGAACGGCUGACUCUCGGCGGCGUUGACUCACAAAUAAUGGGCAUAGGUCCACCAGGAAUUGCUGCUCUUACCCUCCAUGGCCGUAGCAGACAACAACGCUAUACCAGAAGUGCCGACUGGGGGUAUAUUUCCGAAUGCGCCGCCCUUGUCAAGAGACUUCGUAAGCAAUCUGACGAUCUCUCAGAUACUAUUCGGGAGCCCGAAGAGAGACUACAAGCCAAUGGGGGCAAAGUCUACUUUCUAGGAAACGGGGACUGCUUCUCGUACGAAGACUACAACGACCACGUUCAGAAUGCAAAUGUCGAUACGGUCAUGGUUGCUCGCGGCGCAUUAAUCAAACCGUGGAUCUUUGAAGAGAUCCAGGCCGGCCAAUAUCUCGACAAAUCCGCGACGGAGCGACUGGCAUUAGUUGAAAAAUUCGCGCGGUAUGGGAUGGACACAUGGGGCUCUGAUGAACAUGGCCUGGGCACCACACGCCGCUUUCUACUGGAAUGGCUUAGCUUUGCUUGCCGUUAUAUUCCAGUUGGUAUACUCGAAUAUCUGCCACCUAAUAUUCAGGAUAGGCCUCCAGCAUGGAGGGGCAGAAAUGAGCUCGAGACGCUACUUGCAAGUGACAAUUACAAGGAUUGGAUCAAGGUCACGGACAUGUUUCUUGGACCAGCUCAUCAAAAUUUCAAGUUUGAGCCUAAGCAUAAGAGCAAUGCUUAUGAUACAGAAACUCAAGGUUAA